UUUAGGGUUCAGAGGACUGGGCACCCUGUAUAUAGAAAUACCCUGAUAUCCCAGGGCCAGACUGACCAGAUUGUGAGUGAUAGUAUUUUUUGUUUCUUAACCCUCUUGCGUAUUUUGAGGGUUGAGCCCUACAUUUGUUAACAUGAACCGCUACACCUUUCCCAGCAGGCCCAAAGCCAACCCCAAGGCCAUCGUCUCUGGUACAAACUAUCGCUUCACCGUCCUCACUGAUCGCCUGAUUCGAUACGAAUGGGCAGAGGAUGGUAGAUUUCAGGACCAAGCUUCCACGUUUGCAAUCAACCGUGAAUUUCCCAGACCCGAAUUCAAAGUCGUCGAUAGGGACGACCUCGAAAUCAUCACCGAACAUUUCCACCUGAGCUAUGACAAGAAGCGAUUUAGCCCUGGUGGUCUAGUCGUCAACUUCAAUGCCAAAAUUACCGAGUGGGGGGCCACGUGGCGUUUUGGCGCACCGCCAGAACUCAACUUAGAUUCCAAUCUGGGAGGCACUGCCAGAACGCUGGACCUUUGCGACGGACGUUGUGAUAUAGGCCAGGGAGUGCUGUCCAGAGGUGGCUAUGCUGAACUUGAUGAUUCAAAGUCUAUGCUCUUCGACGGCAAAGGUUUUGUUGCAAACAGACCAGCCGGAGACCGGGUCGAUGGCUAUCUCUUUUGUUACGGUCUCGACUAUAAAGCGGCAAUAAAAGCAUUCUACGCUCUUUCUGGUAAACAACCCGUCUUGCCUCGCUAUGCCUUGGGCAAUUGGUGGAGCAGGUAUUACGCAUAUCAGCAGGACGAGUACAUUGAACUCAUGGACGACUUUCGGGCCCGAGAUAUCCCAUUCUCUGUGGCUGUCAUCGACAUGGACUGGCAUCUAGUAUCCGACGAGCGCGUGCCACAUGCUGGUUGGACUGGGUACACGUGGGACGACAAGCUGAUCCCUGAACCGAAACGAUUUGGACGGGAACUGCACGACAGAAACGUGAAGAUCACCUUGAACGACCAUCCACACGCUGGCAUCCACUCCCACGAGAAGCCAUAUGAAGAAAUGGCUCGUUUCCUUGGCCAUAGUACUAAAGACAAGAACCCGAUUCUCUUUGAUUGCACCGGCCCUAAAUUUCUGGAGGCUUACUUCGGGAUCCUGCACCGCAGCCUCGAAAAAGUAGCAUGUGACUUCUGGUGGAUCGACUGGCAACAGGGAGCUUACUCUAAGGUCCCCGGCAUUGAUCCCUUGUGGAUGCUUAACCAUUUCCACUACGUUGAUCAUGCACUCCAGGGUAAUACGCCACUCAUAUUCUCAAGGUAUGCAGGGCCAGGAAGUCAUCGCUACCCAGUGGGAUUUUCUGGUGACACGGUGGUAACCUGGGCCUCGCUCCAAUUCCAGCCAGAGUUCACCGCUACAGCAUCAAACAUUGGGUACGGUUGGUGGAGUCACGAUAUUGGUGGGCAUAUUUUUGGUGCUCGAGACGAUGAACUCGUCACACGAUGGUUCCAGCUUGGUGUCUUCUCACCCAUCAUGCGACUCCAUUCAUCAAAUAGCCGCUGGAUGUCCAAGGAGCCGUGGCUGUACCGCAAAGAGUGCGAACGGGUGAUGACCGGGUUCCUCCGGUUCAGACACAGAAUGGUGCCAUAUCUCUACACAAGAAACGUCAUUUGUUCCACCGACGAUGAGCCUCUGAUACAGCCAUUAUACUGGUCGUAUCCGGGUUGUGAGGAGGCUUAUUCGUUUCCCAAUCAAUAUUUUUUCGGAAAUGAACUCGUAGUUGCACCUAUUGUGCAGCCCCGAGACCAGCGCACCGGCCUUGCAUCAGUCAAGGCCUGGCUACCGCCUCUCCAACGCCAUGUCGACAUUUUCACCGGGACCAUCUACGACGGAGAUGCCGAAGUGACUCUCUACCGAACUCUUGAGAAUUAUCCAGUCUUGGCUCACGAGGGAUCGAUAAUACCCCUGGACGCUGAUGCUGCUCCUAGAAAUGGCUGUCUGAAUCCGGAUGCCUUUGAAGUUCUUGUCGUCAUUGGUCGAAAUGGUCAAGCCGUUGUCUUGGAAGAUUCCGGGGAUGACGCAUCGCUCCAUAGCGGGGUUCAUAAAGGCCUCCCGAACGGAGUGCGGAACGGAGUCUCGAAUGGAGUAUCGAAUGGAAUGCCAAAGGAAGUGAUGAACGGUCUACAGAAGCCCUCAAGAGCCCAAUUCAACGGCCAACGCCGCUCAACGAUCCAGUACACUCAAGCAGUCGGAAAGUUAACCGCCACCGUAACUGCGGGCCGAACCUGGUCAUUCCGCUUUCUAGCCGUGACCUCCAUUCCAAAAGAUCUCAAAGUACUCGUCAACGGCACUGAUCGUACAUCUGACACUGUUGCACUUGUCGAGAAUUUCCCGAAGACACCUAGUCUACUCGUACAGUUUCCCUCCGGCUCUGCGAGAUCUGGGAAUACCUACGAGAUUGCUAUCGAGCUCGGACCCAACCCACAGCUCAGUGUGAUCGACCACAAGCCACGCAUUGAGCACCUGAUCAUGGGUUAUCAGACUGAGUUCAAGGUCAAGGAUCAGCUUUGGGAAGUCGUGGAGAAUCUGGGAAAACGCGCACUUAAUGUUACUGUGGCGAGAUUGAUGGCGUUGGGAUAUGAUGAGGGUAUCAUUGGUCCGAUUGCGGAGUUGCUCUUGGCUGAUAGCCGGGUGAUCUCUUCCUAGUUACAGUGAGACUUAUGGAGGUUUUAUUACCAGUAUACAAGAAAGCCAUUUUAGAGCACAGGAUAUUGAUAAGACUUAGAUAUGUUGUUUGACUUAUGAGUAACUGCUUUUGGUGUUCGUGGUUCUAGACUUUUGGUUUGGAUUUUCCCUAGCAUUUCAAACACAUAGGCUAUAAUAUUAAAUUAAUGACCCGUCUUC